AUGGAUGUAGGGGUCAAGGGUGGCGCCGAGCCUCGGGAAGCAGACUUGGGAGACAGGGUUGGGGGAGGUUCGGUUGCUGCAGGAACAGAAAACGCUAGGAUAGGCAACGGGGGCAGCGGAGGCAGAGAGGGGGGGGAGGAAGUAGAGAUGAAAGACGCAGUUGAAGGGGCUGCUGAGCAAAUGGGAGAACAAGGGAAAGAAAGAGAAGCGGAAACGGCGCGUGGGGAAGCUGGGGCAGGUGCGAGUGGGGAGAACAGGCAAGGGGAGGAGGGCCAGGUGGAGGGCCAGGGUGCUAUGGAUCUGGAGAAGAAGCUUCAGGAGUUUCUGCAGGGGCUGGAGAGUGCGGGGUAUUAUGCGGGGACGGUGGCAGGGAGUGAGGAGUAUGUGGUGAGACAGCAGCAGGCGCGAGCUAUCUUCCACCAGUGCGUGGCUCAGCAGGGAGGGGGGGGCGAGGGGGGGGGAAAGGAGCAAGGGGAAGGGGGCAGUGAGCAAGGGAAGAAGGAGGGAGGGGAGAAGGAGGGGAACGAGAAGGAGCGGGAGGACGGCAGCAAGAGCAGCGAGGGCAGCAAGGGUCAAAGGGACGACAAGGGGAAGGAGAAGGAGAUGGAGGGGGGAGAUGCUUCAGCUGCUACUGCUGCUGCGACUGCUAGUGUUGCUGCUACUGCCGCUGAUGCUGCUGGUCCUUCCGCCAGUGGUGGUGCUGCUAGUGGUGGCAAUGCGGCCAUGGCAGCCCAUCAGUAUGAGGAGGCGCUAUCACUCUACUCCAAAGCGAUUGCUCUCUGUGGUGGCACCAACGCCAUUUACUAUGCCAACAGGGCCGCGGCACAGCACCAGUUGGGAAACUACAUGGAAGCUGCAGCGGACAGCAGGAGGGCGGUGGCGGUAGACCCGAGGUACAGCAAGGCGUACAGCCGGCUGGGGCAUGCGUGCAUGGCGCUGGGUCGGCACCACGAGGCGAUUGAGGAGGGCUUUAAGAAAGCUCUAGAGCUAGAUCCUUCCAAUGCAGCACACAAGGAGAACCUCAAGGCAGCCAAGAGGAAGCUUGAUGAGCAGAGGCGUGGCGCAUGCUGCUCCCAUCAUGUAUGUCUGCCCACCCCAAAGCUGAUCCUCGUGGAUCAUGGUUGA